CAGACCUCACUUUUUUUCCGUGUAGCAAUUUUUUCUUGGUAGCAUCUGAAGCUCUGCUGGAUGAAGUGCCUAAUUAUUUUGUAAACACUGUACUCUCAGGGUUUUCCCAAUAGAAAAACAGAAAAAAUGUUCGAUAUUAAGGCUUGGGCUGAAUACAUCGUGGAGUGGGCUGCAAAGGACCCAUACGGCUUUCUUACUACAGUGAUCUUGGCUCUUACACCACUGUUCAUCAUUAGUGCAGCGCUUUCGUGGAAGCUUGCAAAAAUGAUUGAGGCCAGGGAGCGAGAGCAAAAGAAGAAACAGAAACGCCAAGAGAAUAUUGCAAAAGCCAAACGAACAAAGAAGGAUUAAAUGGGGAAAAAAAAAAAAGGCCUUCUUGUGCAAAGAAUCCACUUUUUUAAUGAAACGCUUGUAUAUUUUGUGUUGUAACUGUCCUUUGAUACUUGAUCCUGUUAUUUCUUGAAGUAUGAAAUCUAAUCCCUUCAGUGUAUUUUUUUUCUCCUGAGAUGAUCUGUGUCAGUUUGCCCAAGUGACACUUGUUACAAUCAUUUACUCUACUACUCGUGUUCUAGUGCAGGUUGCUUUUCUAAAUUUGCAUGUUAAAAAAUUAAUCUGUUGGGUGGCUGUGGAGGUAGAUUUUUUUUUUCCUUAGCUAAGCUACGACUUAGUAAGUGUCUUAAAAUUGUCAAAUUAUGAGGAAAAUGUGAAUGGUAAACUGGAUUACAGAAAGGCAAGUUUUGGUAUACCUUCAGCAGAGCUGUAGAGAUGAGCUAACUUCAGAGUUAGGUAGCGUACCUUACUGAUUUCCUUUACGGACACUCCACGUGGCCCUGCGGUUCGUUCAGCUGUGCGCCCACAGGGUCUGCUGUAGCGUCUUCGAUGGUGGGGCUUGGCUGCAAAAAGAAACUAACUUAGCUUUUCCCGUUUCCUAAACUACCAGCCAUGAGCAGUCUUUAAAUUCAGCCCGAACUCUAGGAAACCGAUUGCUUGUUCUUGUGACCUUCGUUUGUCUUAGCCACUCAUGUUCUAUGAAAUACACUACUAUGCUGUUUGGUUUUCCUUAACGAUCACCUGAACGCUCCACCUGUGACUAAUUUGUUUCGGCUGUCAGAAACUUUUUAUGCCUCAAAGAAUAGCCAUAAAUGGGGUGAGACCAAAGGCUCCGGUGGCCUAGUGUGCUGUGUCCUCGUGACCUAGAGCAGGUGGCUGUGGGAGGGUACAGGAGCAGGAUGCGCAUGCUGGUGACAGUAGUUCUUCCUACGUGCUAACCUUCUGAUCUUUGGGAUCUUUGUUCUCACUGCCCUUGGAAACCGCUGCCUUCCAGGUUGCAGAAUGCUGGCAUACUGGAAAAAGUCCAAGUGGGGUUUGUGUUGUAAAUACGCCAAAAUUAUUUAACCUUCAUUCCAAUUCAUGUUUUUCUAACAGAACUGAUUGAUUUUUCAAAGCCUAACGUUUAUUAAUAGUCUAGUUCUAAAGAGCUUGUGGCAGUCAUUAGGUUUUUAGACUUAGCGCAGAGUUGUGCUUUCUAGCAACUUACGUUUAAAAAUAAAACCUUAAAGUGAUACCAUUGUUCCAAUGAGGAGACCUAUAGAGCUGGCUGACACAAAGGGGGAUUAGGAGUGGGGAAUCUUAACUGAAAUGACAAAGUGAACGUGAAGUAUUGUUGAUCCUCUUUCAAUUUUGUUGGUCAAAGCAAGCAUUAUUAGAAUAUGACAUUUCGGCAUUUUAUAAAUACAUGGGAUUAAGUCUCCAGUGUUUUGC